GGGUUUAGACUAGGGUUUAGGUUUUGUAGUGAACCCUGGAUGAUGUGUGGAGGAAAAGAUGGGUAGGGUUUGGGUUUUAAUAGCGGCCGGAGAGAGUUUAAACAGAAGGAAUGAGGGUUCGUUGCAUUGGAGAGGGUUCGGGAAGGAGAAGGCCAAAUAAGCCUGAUGAUUCUGAUCUUGGCGGUGUGAUUAGCUUGAAGCUUGGGGAAGCUGAAUUCUAAGCACAAGGAGGAUGAUUAUGUUCACGAAGCUUGAUCCUUGUGGUGGAGAACGCAUGAGAGGCCGUGAGCUGGGAGAAUGCCGUAGGGUGAUUGUGAUAUGUGCCUACUUCCGGGGAGGGAAGCUGAAGCUUGGGGAAGCUGAAUCUUAGCACAAGGAGGAUGGUUAUGUUCAUGAAGCUUGAUCCUUGUGGAGGAGAACCCAUGAGAGGUGGCGAGUUGGGAGAAUUCCGUAGGGUGAUUGCGAUAUGUGCCUACUUCCGGGGAGGGAAGCCGAUGUUUUGUUCUAUCCACUGGCACAGAUGCGAAAUGUUGCCCGGCAAAUCAGUUCAGGAACCUCAGGGCCUAUGGUUGAGGAGUUUUAGGGUAGCAGAAAGCCAGUGCCGCAACGAGUGGAAGUGCUUGACGAGGAGAAGAGGGGCGGUGAACAAGAAUGCUUGCUGUAACUGGACUGUGAUUCCUGCUGCUUAGUUGAUUUCAGGCCCAGGGAUUACGUUGCCAGAGGGGUUAAUGGACGGGGCGAGGGCGUGCCCUUGGCCCAUAGAAGGCUUGGGAAUUUGACAGGUGGCAAAAAUUGCCCUAUGACAGAUUGUAGUAUGGACUUACGUCGGAGGACAGUAGAUAAUCUUAGUGUGAGAGGGUAGUCAUCAAUCACAGCAUUGAAGCUUUUGCAUGCGCAUUUUGAUUCUUCGUUCCAGUCCCGAACGAGGAUAAUGGCAAUGAAACAGAGGCGCGGGUACAGGAGGAAUUGGGCGGAUUUGCUGAUGCUGAUGCUGGGGUUCUUUGGCCCCAUGUGUGUGGCUUUUUUAGUGCCAUCCUUCCCUGUGGCAGGUCACGAUUUCCGUACAUGGGGGGAACUGGACCUCCGGUCGGUGCUGCAGAGCACUGAGGGGUUCUGGUCGUACGACCGAGCCAGCAACAGCUGGAACCCUGUGGAUAUCACUCAUCUUCUCUUAGAAAGUGGGGGAGGGGUUCGUGCAGAGGAAGAGGUUGAGGGAAAAGUGGGGCAGAAAUCGAAUUCCAAGGGAGAAUCGAAGGUCCAUGGAGAGCAGGAGGACGGUCGAGAGCUUGCUAACGAGAGCAGCUCCAGCGGGCGCUACCGUUCGGGGUUAUUUCUCUUCAACUCCGCGACGGUAUCAAUGGCGAAGUUUUUGGAAACUUCUCUUUGGAUGGUCGGACAAAGUGGAAGCAUAUUUGAGCGGUACUGGAAUGGCAUUCAGUGGGUGUAUAUACCUCAUGAUCUCCCUAAUGUUGCUGGCAAAGCAGAAGCGGUGAUGGCGAUCAAUCGGACGGUGGUGGCGACUUCAAGGGCUGGGAUCUUGUACCAGUUGCAGAUGCAGGACAGACAGCUCGUCUGGAAGCAAUGCAGCCCGUACUUGCCUGGCGGGUUUGGCAAUGUCUCUGAUGUUGUCACUCUCCAAGGAGCAGGAAAACUAUCGAACGAUGGGAGCCGGUUGUAUUUUGCAGCAAGCGAUGGGAGUCUUCUUGAGCUGAUCUCCAUCUCACCCCCUCUGAAGUGGGCUUAUCAUCGGAAACCGUCUGUUUCGGAUGGCAUUGCAGCAAUUGUAGAUGCAGGCGGGCUACGUCAGCAGUCAGUUUUUGUAGUCAGCAUGAGGGGUGACUUGUUUGAAUUUGACUCGAGCAGCAAGACGCCUUGGAGGAAUCAUACUCGAGUGGGUUCGCCGAUCGAGAACUUUCCGCUUGCUCCCUGUCCUGGAGUUCUGAUCAAGGACUUGUGGACACUGGAGAGCACUUCGUUGUUCCUCCUUACAAAGGAGGGGAUGCUGGUGGAGCGGUUCAAUCGGGGAUCUGCAUGGCGAUGGCUGUUGCACAAGGCUCCUGCAGACAUGAAGAUCAGCCGGUCCUUAGGGGUUGUGCUUCCCAGCGAUCAGAACGACGGCAAAGGGCCGUCACUGUUCUUGUCCUCUGAACAGGGAGCAAUUUGGGAGUACAGUCCUUUGAAGUCAAGGGUAGGGAGCUUGGGAAAACAGCAAUCAGCUGGUGGCGCAGUGGCAGCAGCUUGGUUAAAGCAUGGCAGCCCAGGUGAUGAUUCUGUGAUGCCUGAUGUACCUGGGGUUCUCCUAAGUCCAUGGAGAAUGUUUUUCCCUCUGCGAGAUGGAAGGCUUGGAGAGCUUCAUCUCCAAGGCACAGGAGGAAUGCUCACAGGUCCCACGUAUGCAGCGAGUCAGAACCAACCUGCCAGCAGGCGACCCACAGGCAAUUACACCUGGACCAUCAUUGAGGUACCGGAAACUGAGGGUGGGAAUGCAGAGUACUGUUCGUCCUCUGCAGGGCCAGCCAAUUGCUUGGAAGGAACACAUCAAUGGGGUGAAAGAGGAUGGAGCAACAGGGGUGGAGGCUCAGACCAGGGGGGCAGUGGUGGUAGCUCAUCGCCAUCAAUGAGGAGGAGGGGCUGGGGAAGUAAGCAUCACGAAAGUGGGGGUUCCAAAAGGGCUGGCGCAGGAAAUGGUGGUGGUGAUGAGAAUGAGGAUGUGGAUGGAGAUGCAGCUGUGCCGAGUGUUAAUACUAGGGCCUCCAUGGCAGCUCCAGUGAUGGGGGGAAUGGCAGGUGUCUUCAAAAUGCGGCUGAUUCAACACGACACUUCAAUGUUUCUGGUUAUGGACGAUGGCGUAGUAGCUGAGCGCUACUUCAAUGGAGAAAGCUGGGUCUGGAUAAAUCAUGAAAACAGCUCACCGAUAGCAGCACUCACAGCUGUGUACAAUGGGAGUGUCCUUGGAUUCGACAAGAGUGGGUGCAUCCAACUGCGAGAGCGGCAUGGGUCAAACUUACGGUGGCAUAACGUGUCGUCGGAGGAUGCCAGAAUGCCAAGAAUUACUUCCGGUGCCCCGUUGGAUGACAUUCCUGGAAAGCCACGCCCUGUGACUACUGACGAUGCGAUCUUCUUUGUUGAUGAAAAUGGAGAAUUGUUGGAGCUCCUGGUUGCCCUGAGGCUGCUGAGCUGGCGCAACUGCGGAAAACCAGCUGGUGUACCGAUUGCUGCCAUUCUUGAUGCAGAAGUUCUACGGCUGCGGGUGGUAUUUGUCGUUGGCACAGACGGAUUAUUGUACGAGUAUAACAGGGUGACAGAGCAAUGGAAACAGCACAAACAGCCUUCGCACAUCAGGCUUUCACCUCUUCCUGCAGCAGUGAUGAGACCAUCAUUGCAGUCGAUGAUCGGCUCCCUAUUCAUGCGAGCCGAGGAUGGUGGAAUGGUAGAGUGGCGCUGGGAUGAUAUGGAGGCAUGGCGAUGGGUUGAACAUGGAUACAUGGUCGAGAAUGUCAGCAUAGCCACAGCUCCAGGCCCGAGGUAUUCUUGGCAGUGGAUUGACCACAACUAUCCAGGUGAAGGCAGUUUAGAUGGUGAACAGGAGCGGCAGCAGCUCGAGAGAAGCAAGGGCUUUGGGGAAGACGAGGGUGAUGCAAAGGACGGUACAGGGUUGGACAAGAGGACUUGUUCCAUCGGUACGUCGAAGGCGACAAGUGACAGAGGGGAUGGCAAGAACAUAGAUUUGGUGAAUGAUGACAACACAGCUUCACGUGUCGAAGAGCAUGGGCACUGCAGUUUUCCUGAACAGGAGGGGCAGAGGGAAGAACCAGAUGGCACAGGUUGCAGGGAUGCAGAGUUGCUGGAUGCGAAGGACCCUGAUACGCAUGCAUCGAGCCCGACGUACAGAGGCAAAUCCUCUCCCAUGGAAGCGAAGUUUGUCUGGAACAAGGAAGGGCUCACGAUCCUUAAUUAUGGCAAUUGCAAUCCUGAGGUUGCACCAGUGCGAGCAAUGGCGAUGUCUGAGAGAGUUAUCGUCUUCUACCUAAAGGACAAGCGUCUUGCAGAGUGGGAGAUGCAUGGAGAAGGUGGUGGGAGCGGAAGCUGGGCAGUGAUUGCAAGCACUCCAGAGAGCAACUGUUUUGACGCACAGUUAGACGCUGCAGAAGUUAUGGAAAUGGGAAUUGGAAUGGGGGAGUGAACAUUGGCGAAGUGCUGAGCGGAUAGCGGAACACCGCGGAGGAGGGCGGGAGAGUAAGUAGGAAGAGGUAGUGAUGUGUUCUAUGGUUCUUAUAAAGAAAUACAAAGGACUCUCUCUCCCCUAUUGAUCAUGGCAGGGGGAAGGGGAAGGGGAAGGGGAAGGGGAAGGGGGGAGGGGGGAGGGAGGGGGGGAGAGCUUGGGGCUGCAAGGGAACCAGGGGCAAUGUAAGCCAUAACGAAAGUCGUUCCCCCUUUUGGAGUGGGGAGGUCUGGGUGAGAUUUGAUGCUUGGCCCUUUAUUUUUUCUGCUUUUUAUCUUUUCUGUUGGUUCCUUUUCCAAGUCAUUGUCGGUUGGAUAAGGGGCGGUGUGCGGUUAGUUGAGCCGUGAUUAUACCGAGUACAGCGUAUGGAAGUCUCUCUGGACUCGAGCGCUAGCAAGGAGGGAGAGAGAAAUGACAGCUCCCAUGGGAGGCGCCUUGUCUUGACUUCUGGUUCAAGAGUGGAAGUUGGUAAUUCAUUUUGCUUGAUUCAGCGAAAAUGGUCGUGCUUAUGAUUCAUAGAGUAUC